AUGGCUGCGAACCAUCAUCCUUCGCCCACCAUGAUGCAGAUGCAGCAUCAGCAGGCGCAGGCGCCAGGCGGCCCCCCUCACGCCGGCCCGUCAGGCCAGUACAGCGCCACUGCCCAGAUUCAGCAGCUUAACGAGCAGGUUUGGCUUCAGAUCGGCAGCUUCUCAGAGCUCUUGCGCACCCCCGACGAGGCCCUUCAAGCCUACGAGCGCGCUCUCAUCGCUAACCCCCAGUCCAUCACUGCCCUCAACGCCAUCGGUAUGCUACUCAAAGGUCGCGAGGCCUUUGACAAGGCCCUCGAGUUCUUCCGAACCAUUGUCGACAUGGACAGAAACAAUGGCGAAGCCUGGGGUAACCUUGGCCACUGCUUCCUCAUGACCGAGAACCUCCAAAAGGCCUACGAUGCUUACCAGCAAGCGCUGGUCAACUUGCAAAACCCCAAGGAUCCCAUGCUCUGGUAUGGCAUUGGUAUCCUCUAUGACCGUUACGGCAGCUAUGACUAUGCCGAGGAGGCCUUCUCUCAGGUUAUGCAGAUCCAGCCCGACUUUGAAAAGGCAAACGAGAUUUACUUUCGCCUUGGAAUCAUCUACAAGCAGCAGCAGAAAUACCAACAAAGUCUAGAGUGCUUCAAAUACAUCGUCACCUCGCCCCCUGGUCCUCUUACGCAGGAAGACAUUUGGUUCCAGAUCGGUCAUGUACACGAGCAGCAAAAAGACUUUGACAGCGCCAAGGCUGCUUACCAGCGUGUCCUGGAUCACUCGCCCGCCCAUGCCAAGGUCCUCCAACAGCUUGGGUGGCUCCACCACCAGCAGAGCAGCUCCUACGAGUACCAAGACCGCGCCAUUCAGUACCUUGAGAAAUCUGUGAAUGCCGAUAACACCGACGCACAGAGCUGGUAUCUGCUUGGUAGAUGCUACAUGUCGCAGCAAAAGUACCCCAAAGCCUAUGAAGCUUACCAGCAGGCCGUGUAUCGCGAUGGGAAGAACCCCACGUUCUGGUGCUCCAUUGGCGUAUUGUACUAUCAAAUUAACCAGUACAGAGACGCACUGGAUGCUUAUUCCCGCGCUAUCCGCCUCAAUCCUUACAUCUCCGAAGUCUGGUACGAUCUCGGUACUCUGUACGAGUCGUGUAACAACCAAAUUUCGGACGCCCUUGAUGCGUACCAACGCGCCGCUGAGCUCGAUCCAGGCAACCCGCACAUUAAGAAUCGCCUUCAGCUGCUUCGCUCCGGCAACGGUGGUGCUCUUCCUGCGGCGCCUCAGCCAGCUGACGUACAUCCUCAGGCCUAUCAGGCUACCGGGCCUCAGGGGCCUACUGGGCCUCAGUGGGCAGGCUCUACGGCUCAGCCUCCUGCCGGCGGCCCCCCGCCGGCUCCUCAAGGCGCUGGCGAGAACUGGGCUCGCAAUCUCUCCAACGUGAACCCGCCUCCUCAACCGCCUAAUCCUUAUGAGAGCCGCGGUGAGCCUUUCCGUGGCGGGCCAGCUCCUCCUCUGCAGCGUCCUCCCAGUCCUCAGCACGACAUUCGCCAGCCGCCGCCUGACCACCGUCAGGUGCCACCACCCCAACAGCAGAGCCAUUACUCUGACCGACCGCUGCCGUCUCGCCGCGCGUCGCCCCCCCCGCCGCACGCGUAUGCUCCUACAUCCCAGGCCCGUGUCACUAACCCCAACUUUGGUGGCUCUACACCGUCAGCGUCUGCACCGCCAACGGGCGUUGGCAAUGGCCCCGCAGUGCCGCCUCUUAACGGUGCCGGCCCCUUCCGGCCUACCCACAGCCCCCGGCCUGAUGGCCGUGAGGGCCACGUUCCGUCACCCAAGCCGGCGUACCCCGGCCAGACGGCGCCACCGCCACCUCAGUACCCAAGCCAGGGCGAGGCACUACCGCCGUCGAGUGAGAACGGACAGACGGGACCCGCGCCGACGUCGGCAGCUCCCGACGUUGCAGUUCAGCGUCAAGAUGACCGCCCUCCCUCAGUUGGACCUAAGCGUAUGCGCGAAUGGGAGGAUGAGGCAGCCGUCAAGAAGCAAGCCAACGAGGAGAACAGGGCACGUCUAGAGGACGUGAAACACCGGCGGCCGUCCAUGUCCCCUAAGGAGGGCUUCCGGCGUCCGUCGCCGCGCAGUGAGGAGCACCGGGGCGAGGAGGCUCGUAGGGCAGAGGAGUCUGGGCCUAAGAGCGACUAUCACCCAUCGGAGGCUGCUCACCACCACACGCAGCACAGCGUGACGGGGAAUCAGCUUCCUCCAAUGCAAACAUCUGCUCUGAGUGAUGCUGCGGCCGAGAAGGCGCAGCCCACAGUCACUCCGAAGGAGGAGCCCACGGAGACAAGCAGUGCUCCGCGGGCUCCAGCAACGUCAGAGCCUGAGCGCGCCGCUAGGAAGAUGGAUGUCGACGAGGACUAUGACGAUGCGCCUGAGGAUGACAAGAAGGCAGCCGCGACGAAUGGCUCCAAGGCUGGUUCUACGACGGAUGAAGCUAAGCCCAGUUCACCGACCAGCACGGGAGCUAAAAGCGCGACGGCAGCGACGGUGGCCUCGGCCACCAAAUCGGAGUAA